AUGAGUUUCAUCAGAUGCAGGGCCUCACUGGCCUACAUUCUGGGAACGAUCGGUCUGGCGUCGACAUUCACGGUCAUGAUACUCGAUGGAAUAUGCUAUGCCUUCGCCAAAUCUCUCCCGUCUCACAUAACCGCCAUCGAGUCCGCCAUUGUCAGCCUCAGUGUGGUUAGCUGCCUUGCACUCUUCGCGUUGGUUUUAAUCUGGGUGUCCGAUAUUGAGAAUGGACUCCGCAGACAGUGGAAAGGCUGGAGAGCGAUCACCUAUGGCAUUGCCAUUGCCUAUUUCUCGCUAGCCACCGGGGUCACCGCGGGGGCGAUAGCGUGGAGUGCUGUCCAAUCCAUCAUGGUGGCUGAGAAGUCACACCUUACCGAGAAGCAGCGAAGCCUGAUGAUUGCUCGCUGUGUGGUAUGGGCCAUUUCCGUCUUAAGUCAGGGGCUCCUUGGAGGAUACCUCCUGAUGUCCAUGUCGAGACGAGGACACCGCGCCGAAUGGCCUAGCUCGUUCUCGCAGGAGCUCGAAAUCCUCCCCGACAACACCAGCGUCAGGCCUAGCAGCCCAUCCAAGACACCAUCGCUGGUCAUCACGGAAUCCCAGCGCGAGGAGGAGCGUAAGACCAGCCGGGAGUUCCAAGCCUCAGCUCAGCCAUCCGCCUCGAGUGCAGCAUCCUUGAUAUCCAACCGGUACUCCGGCAGAACCCUGACACAACUAGAAUCGAAGCGCAGUUCUUUCGAACUAAACCCUCUAUAUUUGUCCCACCCCGAGGGGGCCUUGAUCCGCAACAAGAUCAGCGGAGGCCCAGAAGAGCCCUCGCAAAAGCUUCAACGCAGGCACUCCGAAAUCAAACGGUCUUUGGACAGCCUCCUCCUGCGGACCUCGUCUGGUCGGUCGUCGCCGACCAGCAACUUGCUCCAACCGGAGAUAUCCCGGGGAUCAGCUGCUCCAACGCUGACAUUAGGGGACGAAAGUCAUAUCCAUCCGUUGUUUCGCGUGGCUAGUCCGUCGCCAGCCCCGACGCCUACCCCCGGCACCGUCGUCGUUGCAUCACCCGCCGCAGGACAGAUUAUUUCGGUGAAGACCCUCAACCGCGUGCGGUCCACCAACUCGCUCCGGUCUCAUAGCAUUCGCAGUCGAUCCCCCAUGCUUGAACGAACGAACCCGCUCGAAGACGCGUCGGGACAAGGGUCAGUGCCCACCGGAGACAAGAAACAGGGUUCUAAUCUGGAGCCCGUCAUGCCCGGUUUUAUCAUGGCCGCCGACGUCCGGAGAAGCCUCACCCGGUACGAGAAAAAGUAUGAUUUGCAUGAAUCCCCUCAUGAGAGUUAG